AUGGCUGACAACCACCAUCGCGUCGAGUUUGAGGAGUCGCUAUCCAAGUUUCGCGACUAUCCGCUCAAUCUAACUCGAACGGCUGACUUCUCGUAUACCCUCGAGGCAUACAAAUCGAAGCUAGUGCAAGGGGAGGAAGUAUACUUUGAUGACAGCCAACCCCGUAUCAGAAUAUGGGAUCUUGCAAAGCCUCAAGAUGGAAAGCACGUCAGUAGAUCAUCUGUCAACUUGGUUCAACUCCAAAACGCCCUGAGCGAAACCCCGGCAGAUCCCUGUCGGAGGUUCAUUUUCAUCAAAUCUGGAAGCCACAAGUCUCCCCUCGACUGCACACGAGAAAUGAUGGCGUAUCUAUUCACCCACCAUCAGAUCAUGGCCCGUUUCCUCGACUUCUGGUGCGCCUUCACAUACCGUGAGACACCUCACAGCUUCACCCACUUUCGGAACGAAGAUUACCUAGGCUCCCAGCAUCACCAGCCUGGGUUGAGUGCCAUGUGUCGAUCUGGCAUCCGGAUUCAGCACUGCUUCAAUCUGCUUGGGGUUGAGAGAAGCAGAGAUAAAAAAGGGUGGGAGCUUCGACAAACAGCAGCGUACCAUUCCUAUGAUCUUAUUGAGGGCCGCACAUUGUGGGUCAUCCUCAAAGGCGACAACACCAUGAGAAAGCGCCUCGAAUCUGUAACGGAAGAGUCUGUCAAGAAAGGGGACACGUCUCUACACAGCGUGAAUGCUUCAUUCGCCCAAACACUGACAGAUCAUCUUCUAAUCAUGCAGUGGUGCGUCGAAAAUUGGGAGUCUUAUGCCGAGAGCCUUGAACACAAAUACACAAGCCUCUCGGGGGUGGCAGACCAUGCCCCUGUGGAUGCUCUGGCCGAUGAUAUCGCCACCAUCAAGCUACGUGAAAAGAUGGACAUUCCGCUAGUUUCACCUCCCGGACAGCCAACCAGCGGCCCUACGAAGUUUACUGAGCCGCCAGGCAUCGUCCGGAAGCUGACAAGGAGAGUCACUACUGGUUUCAGCACAGUAGCUCCAGUAGAGCCUCCCCCUCGGAAGGUAGAGCAUCUCAGAAUCGAGAAUCUGGUGCAAUUUGACAAGCUCCAGUCGCUAAGCAGUGUUGGAAAGAGCCUUGGGGAAGCGAUAUCGGCAAUCGCUCAAAACCGGAGGGUCUUGGCUCAGAUGAAGGAGUAUUACCGGGAAUUUGUCAAUUCGGAGGGAUUCAAGCGCCACGUCCCCAAGUCUGCCCUCAAGGUUUGCAAGCAAGCUGUCUCGGAGUUUUCCAUGAAGAUAGGGAGAUUAGAGGAUGACCUCGCCAACUACGAAGGUAACCUCAAGACCAUCCUUCAGGGGGUUGAGAGGACAGAAGCAAUGUACAACGGUAUUCUCCAGUACCAGAGUAUGCGGACCGCAAAGUAUUUUGCCGAGUCAUCUGAAAAGUCAACCGAGAUCAUGAAGGGCUGGACGCAGGAGAUGCACGAAAAGACCAUGUCGAUGCAUGUCAUCACAGUUUUCACACUCAUCUUUCUACCGGGGACAUUUGUAGCUACCAUUUUCAGUAGCGGCAUCAUCACGUUUGGAGAUGAUGGUGACGGAGGCUUCGGCUCUGCAAUGGGCGCCUGGAAAGUCCGGCCGGCCGCCUUGAAGUUGUUUGCUGCUGUCUGCUUUUCAUUGCUAACAGUGACAUUACUGGCAUGGUGUUGCGCGUAUUGCUCUGCAAGGCGCAGGAGAAACCCGAGGAACAGAGCCAAUGACAUGGUGUAA